AUGGGACAAACCGGUAAAAAUGGCGCUGUUUUUGAGCCGUUGGUGCGCGUGGAAUAAGCAAAGCGGGUUCGCGAGCUGCCUGUUCAACGGUCGCCGGGACUAUGAGAUCCCUUCAGCCAGCCUUUUGCUGGCUCGCAGCGUCUGUCAACGGCACGGUCUGUUGAAGGCAAGGAAGGAGCCGAAGGACAAGGAGCAGUACUUACAUAGAAGAAUGUGUUUAAACACACUAGCUUACAAGAAGCCAAAUUGUUUUUGGAGUCCAUCCAGAUUUAUGUACACGACUAGAACUAAAUGCUGUCGCAACCAGGUGUAUAGUGACAAACAGCAAAAAAGCCCCUACGUAUUGGCUCAGAAUGAUCUGAAGAAUCUAUAUGCUGAAAUCAGGCAGCUAUUAGCAGUUUCUUCAGACCUGAAGGCAAUUUGCGAUUAUUACUUUGAUGGAAAAGGGAAGGCUUUUCGGCCAAUGAUUGUGGUAUUAAUGGCAAAAGCGUGCAAUCUCCACCAUGGCAAGAACGGGGAGUUGUUGAGUAGCCAGCACUCGAUAGGCAUGAUCGUUGAGAUGAUCCAUACUGCUAGCCUUGUGCAUGAUGACGUUAUUGAUGGAUCAGAUACUCGACGGGGUAAAAUUACUGUAAAUAAAAUCUGGGGAGAGAGAAAGGCUAUUUUGGCCGGAGACUUUGUACUCUCUGCAGCUUCUGUGGCCCUUGCCCGUCUUGGUAACAACACUGUAGUAUCCAUUUUUACUCAAGCAAUUGAAGACUUGGUGCGAGGAGAAUUUAUGCAGCUGGGCUCCAAAGAAAAUGAGAAUGAAAGAUUUGGGCAUUACCUUGAGAAAACAUUCAAGAAGACUGCAAGCCUCAUAGCAAACAGUUGUAAAGCAGUCUCCAUCCUUGGUAAUUGUGACCCAGAUGUCCAGGAAAUUGCAUACCAAUAUGGAAGAAAUAUUGGGAUAGCAUUUCAGUUGGUAGAUGAUGUGUUGGACUUUACCUCCUGUGCAAAUCAAUUAGGAAAACCUGCUGCUGCUGACCUGAAGCUUGGAUUGGCAACAGGCCCAGUGUUGUUUGCUUGCCAACAGUUUCCUGAAUUACAUACCCUAAUAAUGAGACGCUUCAGUGUGGAUGGUGAUGUAGAUAAAGCAUGGCAAUAUGUACAACAGAGUGACGGUGUUCAGCAAACGUGCUAUCUUGCUCAUCAAUACGGUCAAGAAGCUGCUCGACACAUUUCUAUGCUGCGUCCUUCACCAGAGAGAGAUGCCUUGAUUCAACUUGCAGAAAUUGUAUUAACUCGAAACAAGUGAGAGUCAAGUUUGCUUCACUCCUUUAAGACAGACUGAAAACACAUGUUGAACCUGUAUCAAGAAUUCCAAACUAAGCCAGGAAAUCAGUGGGAACUGUUUACAUUUAGGACUAACCAUGUACAUAAAGCCUAAUACAUGGGGUCUUUGUCUUUAAUGAAUCUGAUCCAAACAUUUGACCUUGUGACCAUUAACUCCAUUUGCAAAAAACCUUGAUUAGUGCCAGUGUGAAAAUUUUUUAUAUACUGAGAAUGAUUUAUUAUAAAAGGCUGUACAUACAAUUGUAACAGGUUAUAUACAAAUUAAAGGAAUGCAUUUUCAGUUUAAGUUUGAAGAGAAUGAAAGU